AAGAUGGCGGCUACUUCGAAAGAACACCGACUGUCCCAACAUGUCUACGCUACUCUACAGCAUCUGUCCAUCUCUCGGUAAGAAACUGCCCUCACUCAGAUCUAAAGACCCAAUCUCCCUCAGCCAAGAGCUGGCAGUGUUUGGCCAGGAGAUGAUGCUGUGUAGAACAGACGACCUGGACCUGAUCACGGGCCGGGCCUGCCCCCUGCGCCAGCUGUGGUUCCUGGAGCAGCUGCUUACUUUAGUGCCUGACUCCGUGGACAGCAGUGAGGACAGCAGGGCCGGAGGAGAGGGCCUACUGAAGGAACUCUUCUGUCCUGAAGCUCUGCCUCACCUGACACAUGCUCUCACCCCUACUCUCAACCCCUGGCCCUCUGACAUCAGGGGUGCCAGGAAGGGUCAGAGGUCACUACCCAGCAGGCCGAGGGGCGAGGAGGUUGCUGGUGUCAGAGCCCUGCUGGAGUCCACUCACGCCACCCUGGAACAGCUGCAUGACCAGUGUGUGUUCCUGCGUGGUGAGGAGGCCAGUCCUAGCCGGUUGUCUGUGUGCGCGUUACGCGUAGCUGUGUCUGAUCUGGCCCAGAUGAUGAGUGUGUUCAGCCAUGUGUACGACACGGACUUCAGAUCCUACUGCAGCAGAGGCCCUCCCAGCCUCAGAUCACACACACACAUCUUCAGCACUGUCCAUAGGCUGCUCACCGCCUGCAACACGGAGCUAGAGGUCCUGCAGCAGGUAUCAGAGGUGUCUGUAUGUCUGUCUGACACGGUGAAUGAGGUACACUCAGACCCUUGCUACUGGAGUCACGGACACAAACACACCCUCUCCACCCAGUUGGAGGACCUUACCAAGAGAUACACGGAGUUCCUUUCUCUUCACCAUGGAACGGAUAGCAAGCUACCGCUAACCGAACCCUGAGCUCCAGACUGAAGCUAGCAGGCUACCGCUAACCUUACCCUAAACUCUACAGACAACUAUUAGCUUGCUACUGCUAACUCUCCAUGAUCACCACAUGCAGUGUCAACUGUCCUGCAUUUCAAUGAUAAGGUUGUUCUAGUAUCAGUGCUAACUUACUAGGGCAGUAGGCACAUCAUUAUCUAGCUUGGCUUUCCAUGUUCCCAUCUUAGUUUUUAAAAAUGUUUCAAUACACUUGAAAUCACUGUUUUAAUGAGUGCACUAUAUAGGGUCCCAUUUGGGACAUUCACUACCGAUACAUCAAAUAUGUUUUGCUUUCUCACACCAGAACUGCAGACAACAUUGUUUUAUGUUGUCUGUGUGUGAUAUUUGUCUCUCUCUUGGUUGCACCGGGUCUCUUGAAAAAAAUAUUUUAUCUCAAUGAGACUAACCUGAAUAAAUAAAGGUUACUAGUUUCUGAAGUCCCAUUUUAUACUUAUUUUAUCUUUAUUUAACUAGGCAAGUCAGUUAAGAACAAAUUCUUAUUUUCAAUGAUGGCCUAGGAACAGUGGGUUAACUGCCUGUUCAGGGGCAGAACGACAGAUUUGUACCUUGUCAGCUCGGGGGUUUGAACUUGCAACCUUCCGGUUACUAGUCCAACACUCUAACCCUGCCGCCCCACAUAUGAUAUGUCGGAGGUGUGACUGCAUUGGCGCUGUCAACUCGGUGAGUGGCUGUUCAAGUGGUCAUAGUCACGAAGCCACACCCAUCCCACAUACACUAGAAGUUCAGCCCAGGAAAUGGGUCUCACAAAAACAUCUGUAGAGUCUGAACAGUUUGGCCUACACACUAACUACACACUCUAUGGCAAGGUGAGACUCACCAACACUGUUACUCUCUAGGACGCUCACAAGACCGGUACCAGUUAGGAAAUGAAGUGUAUAUACAGUGCAUUUUGGGAAGUUUUCAGACCCCUUGACUUUUUUACAUGUUUUGUUACAUUACAGCCUUAUUCUAAAUGGAUUAAAAUUGUUUUUUAAAUCUCA